AUGCGAUACCUAUUUGCCCUAAUAGCGGCACUCGCAGCUACAACGGUCGGCAUAGCUCAUGGAAAUAUUACCGCAAGGGAGGUCCUGAAACGUGUGGAUCUCGCAAACAAAGAAGAACAACAAAACAGUAUGUACAAAUAUACAUAUGAGGACGCAAAUGGAAAUACACUCCCAUUCUGUGCUAAAUUGAGUACCAUCGUAUGGUGCACAGACGAUGAAAUCAACCAGGCAUCAAACGUUCCAGCACUAUUCGACAUACUCAAACUCAAGUUCGCAGCAAGAGCACAGGAUCAUACACUAGCACAGCAAUUUGGAAAAUUAACAAUACUAUCCGCACUGGCAAGGUUGAUCUGCCAGGGAAAGGUACAAGUUAUCGAAAAUAAUGUACAAAAUGAAACCAAAAAUAUAAGAAUUACCGCAGAACUCAAAUCACCAUUCAAUAAUAAACAAGAAUGGGAAUCUUUGGUAUCAUAUACAACAGAACUGUCGCUGUAUCUCAGUGACGACACAUGCCCUAUCGUCAACGAUGCUGAAGAUGUUGAUAUCGAAAAGGACACGGAAUCGACAAAAUUCGAAAAUAUCGCUUUCAAAGUACACCCGGUGACACAAGAAGAAACGGAACCACAUACACAGAUAAACAAUAAUAUGGAACCCGAAGUCAAACAGCAGGAAACGGAACCACAUACACAGAUAAACAAUAAUAUGGAACCCGAAGUCAAACAGCAGGAAAAUGAACCUACAGAGAUUACAACAAAUCUUCAAGAGGAACCUAUAGUACCCGAACAAGCACAGAAACUUGGUCAGGAAACCACGCCUGUUAACGAAGAAAAACAAUAUAACAGCCUUACACAAGAACAAGAGACCAAAUUUAUGGACAAAUUUGAACAACUAGAUAUGAAGGAACACACUGAAGAAGAAGUACAUCCUUUACAUUUCAAGAUAUAUGCCCAUGUUGUAACAAAAAAUGAUGAUACACAUAAGGAUAUCAUCACGAAAACCACUAUACUGCUAAAAGAAGCUGACUUGAAACAAUGCAAGGACCAGCAUUUCUACGGAUGUAUCCGUGAGGUAAAGAAAACUUUAUUCAAUAGGUAUGAGGAUCAAGAUUCAAAGGAAUUUGUUAGGGGACACUUCAUCACACUACUGCAACUACUCAUGUUACAAGGUGACAUAUAUGUCACGCCCAUAGUAUCAAACGAUAAUGGCCUGACACAGUUAACCGUAUUUGUAACACAGUACACCACCAACUUCUUCAAUUUCAAGCAAUGGAAGAAACUCACUGGUGAUGCCCAUUCCACGGACCAACGUAUAGACAUAGGGUUAGAUAUGGCAGCAGAGCCAUUGAACAAACCGGAAGAUUCACAGAUGGUAAAACUAGGUAACGACUACCCUGUAGAUGAUUUUGAGAAGAAGUUCCUGGAAAAUCAUCAAUAUAUAAAAUUAGAUCAAAAACAAGAAGAAAAUGAAAAUAACAAGCAAAUGGAGGAACAGGGUGAAAGUCAAGCUCAUACUGAAGAAGAACAACAACAAACUCCACCUAAAAAAACACCGAAACCAGAAUCACAUCAAGAUAUGCAUAGGGUAUUAUCAUCAUAUGAACGAGCACUUAUGCAGGUACCAAGGGAAAUCAAUGGAUACCAGCUGGCAUACAGUGAUAUUGAGGAUUACCCCAACCUCCAGCAGAUAUGGCGUCUAGGACUUACUACAAUGAAACUUAUGAAAGAGGAUGAGGAUCUCAAGACGGUCCUUGAAAAACAGACAUUCACGUAUGAUCAGUUGAAGGAACUAUUCAACUUCUCAUACGGUGUCAUCGCUGUGAACCAAUAUGAGGAGGCGAGGGACUUUUAUGAGAGUGCUAAGAUACCUAAAGAGGCGGUGGAAACUAGCUUAACAAUGGUACAAAACCUAUUCAAGGCAAACACUGGUACCAACAUUACCAGGUUACCACCUAUUAUCAAGAAAAUGGCACACACAUGCCCAGUUAAGGAUAUGAUCAUAUCACUAUCCACAGAUGACCUUAUAGAUCGACUGCAUAUAAUGAUAGGUACAUGGAUCGAAUCCUUCGAGAUGGAAGAAAACCCCGAAGGUAACUUCCAACUUGCGGCUCUAUGUUCGGCUGCCGCUGUUGUAGUACAACAAUGGAGGUACAUGCAGCUAUCACAGGGCUACCAUGAAGAAGGUGAUGCUUGGGUAUUGUUGAUGCAAUCGUUCUCCAGGAUGGGACAGAGCAAGAGCGAACAGAAGGAAGUGAGAGAGAGGUACAAACGGUUGAUCAACAGUAGGGCUGCUAAACAAUGCCGCAAAUAUAUCAAUCAGGCAGGUGCAAUAGCUUACGCGUCGUACAAAGGUAUUGCACGUAAUUACAACCCACUCUCAUUAACCGGCGCCAUCGGUAAUGUCCUUGAUCAGAACAUGGAAGCUAGUACCGACGAGAUAGUGGGAUCAUUGAGGGAUUAUUUCUCGGCAGCAAACAUAAAGAACCGCAUAGGAAACGCUUUAGGCGUAUGUAUAUCGCUACAAGUGAUGAACAAAAUGCACAGCUGUCUAGCCGUGGAACAGUCAAAUGAUUACUCCUUGUAUAAGUUGGACCUAUUGACUAAGGACACAUCCCAUAUUCUGGAGAGCUUCACUUCUGCAAAUGUACAAAUAGAGGGUAAAGAUGUACCACAGACGUCCUUUGUUCACAUGGCAUGUGACCUUCGUGACGGGGUUGUCGAGGAGGCAUUGGACAAGUUGUUCAAACUCUUAUCUAACGAGGGGAAUACCAUCCUCAUCGAGACCUUGAACAGUCGUAACUACUUCCACCCUAAACUUGAUGACGUGGGUCAAAUUGUAGAUGACGGUGCUGGAGACGAUUGGUUGGGUGAAGAUUAUGUGCAACUAGAGGAUGCUGAAACCCUAUCCACUGAUGAAGAUGCACCGGAGAAGAACAAAGAAGGCUCGGAGAAUGCUAAGCCUGUAUCCUUCCUGGAAUUACAAGAUGAACAAUUUGGAGAUGAUGGUGACAUUGAUGUGGACAUGGAGGAUGAAGAGCCUGCUAAUGAUAUGGUAGAUAUGAUCAUGAAUGAGCGGGAAAAUAAGGAUCAAUGCCUAGGACAGAAGCAACCUGUUAAGUCUGUUACUAUCUACGAUAAAAUUAUGAACGAUCGUGCACCGCAUGGUAUUAUAUCCCCGGAUGAUAUGAGGACUAUCAUGUUUGACUUCAGGAUGAUAUCCAAAUUCGAUGACGAGACACUCAAGUCGCUCAUGGUCCCAUUAGUAUUCCAAAAAUGGGAAUCAGACUAUCUGAGGCGUCUACACGCGCAUGAGUAUCCAACAGUGCUUAUGAGGAAACUAGAAGAACGUAUGGAUAAAAUGAAGAAAAGUAUGCCAACCGACGAUCUACUACACCACGUAAGAUCCAUUGCGAACCUAGAGGGAAAGGACGAAGUAUCGAUAUCACUGGACAAGCACACCAUAGAUAUGAACCGGAAGCUAAAUGACUGCAAGAAUUUAUUGCAGAUUCUAAGUGAGAUACCACAUGACGGGUUCUAUUUUGAGGGUGAUGAUGGAAAAGAGUUACCUUUCCACCAAAUUGGAGAAAUCACGGCAAGAUCACUGCAACAGCCGAUCAACGCUCCACAGAUGAUCGUCAUGCAGAUCAUCGAUCCUGUACAUAUCGAUGACAGUGACGAGUUGUUCACAAGCCAUUGA